AUGAAGCAAAGUAAGGGAUUAGAAGGUGGACAUCAUUCUCACUCAAAGGAAAGUAAAAAUCUGGAUGAAGUGGCAAAACAAUUCAAAGAAGGAAAAACGUCUUAUGGCGAUAAACGGCGAUUAUCUGACAGAUCUAAUGAAGAGGAUGAAGAGGCAAAAAAAUUCGAAGUGAUUGGUGUCGGAGUGAUAGAACAAUUGAGAGGAAAUAAAAAAGAGAAUCUUAAAAAGAAACAGUUGAAAUUGGCCAAAGAAUUCAUUAAUUCAUUUGAAGACUCGUUGGAUGUUUGGAUUUGUCCAGUAUGUUCAGUUGCUUAUGUUGAUGGAGCUUGUGAUAUGGUUUGUUGUGAUCAUUGUGAUAACUGGUUUCAUUGGAGCUGCGUCGGAUUAGUGCUGGCACCGCCUGCUGAAGUGCCUUGGUAUUGCAAUAAUUGUGCCAAGAAGAAAAGUCUUAAACGGAAAAGUCAGUCGAGUGGCGUGUCAAUGAAAAAGAUGAAAAAAUGA